AUGUCGGAGAAAGUCAAUUUUGUUUCACCAUCAAUCUGGAAGAAAGGAGAUACCGUGCUAAGAUUGUCUAGGCUGAACUCAGUACAGCUGACCGAAUUGGACAGGGCGAGAUUUCCCAAAGGGUUCGAGCGAGAAUUAACUGACCGGAAGGUCCGUUGUUCGAACCCAACUUCUUCCUCUCGACUUCCCCUGUCUAGGCUUAGACAACCUGGAAGUAUCCAAGCCCUCGUACUUCCUUCUUGUGGCAUUUUUGCUGGGCCACAUGUUUUCGAGAAACACACUCAUUUGCAGAUCGAUUUGGUUUUCACGAGAGACUCAACUGAAUCUCUCGUUUAUGAUACUCUACAACUGAAAGUGCUGCAUAUAAGCCGCUUCAUGAUUCAGAAACUACUCACAAGGUUGCUGAAAACUCUCCGACAGCCCAAAACCAGUUUCGCUCCUCUUGGGGCUUAUCAGGAGGAGAGAUGGCUCAAGGGUUACAGCGCAGGUUUACUAAUCGGAAGGUCUGUGGUUAGAAUCCAACCCCUGCAUCUCGACUUCUCCUGUCCAGGCUUACAACAACCUGGAAGUACCCCAUCCCUCGUGCUUCCUUCGGGUGGCAUGGCAGCUAGGCACCGAAAGGGUGCUACAGCUGAACGACGAUCAACCAUCACAAAAAUAAACGACCCUCAGAUUGUGAACUGUUGUCUGCCCAGGGAUUUAGAAUGA